AUGUUUCGUCUUGGCCUCCAAAACCAGAUUGGUUGCGUCUGCCGUUCUGAACCAUGCUGGGCCGUGCGCUGCAUGGAGGCGUUUGACGGAGAGGCCUUGCAGGCCCUCGAGCUCCGCUGUCGGCAGCUCUGCAACGCGGUGGCGCAGGGCGAGGCCGCUGAAGGCUUCGCGAGAGCCCUGCAGCAGGGCCCAUCGAAAGGAGGCCAGGCGCCCGGGGUGCCGGUUGCACAUGGAGCGGGCGACUUCAAUGGCAAGGAGAACGUGGUGCCACACUCGGCGUGCAAGCCAAGUUCUUCAACUUGGAAGGAGGUGACAGAGUCCGUGGGGCCGUUGCAGAAGAGGAUCCUUGCAGAGAGGGGCAAGAAGCAAAGCCCUCCAUGGCUGAGUCCUUUGGAAGGACCUGAAGGGAUCCUGCGGCCGCUGCCUCCUCAAAAGGGCUCGGCAGAACAGCUGUUGAGCACCAUUUCCGUUGAGCGCGGCGGUCUGCAAGUCUUGGCCGAAUCCCCCGAGCAGCGAGCUCGAGCAGCGACGCAAGCACUCCAAAAGCCGGACUGGUCUUCGGAACAGGGGUCGGCGCUGGCUGCAAGCACGACAAGAACGACACCCGAGGCAUCGCAGCUGGAAGCCCUGGAGGCCCUUCAGGAAGCUCUGCGCCAGGAGUCCCAGCUUCUACAAGGCCUGGAGCAGUCGCGGGCGCAGAUCCGGAGUCAGGCGGAUGGGCGCCGUGAGGCGCUGGCACAGCUCGCCGAAGAGGAGGCCCAGCUCACGAAGCUGGUGGAGGCGCAGAGGCAGGAGCUCGCAGCAGCGCAGGCCGAGCGUGAGAAGCUGCGUGCAUCCCUCGAGGCAGAAGAGGCCCAUUGCUCCAAGUUGACGGGCCGCCUGCAGCUGAAGUCGCAGAUGGCCGGCCAACUCCGACAAUGCCUCACACAAAGGCCGGAGCCAGCUCGCGACAGCCCGGCCAUGUCCCGUCUGGAUGCCUCUGCCUGCGAGUCUGAGCUCAUCCAUCUCCUUGGGCAGUCGUUGAAGUGUCUAGAUGCAGGCGAUUCUUCGGGCGUUCCCUCUGAGCUGAGGGAUUUGUGUGCCAGGCUGCGCCUGUCUGCUGGCCGCUUCAGAGAGGAGUCUGCAGCUUGGCUGGGGGAGAUGCGGCAGCAGCUGGGUAUGUCCACCGAGCUUGAGAGGAAUCGGAGCACACCGAGUGCGCAAACGCUAAUUCUCACACUGGUGGACACCUUGAAAGGCCACCUGCAAAGCCUUCCCGGCGCAGCUCAAACGUACCCGGCCUCCGAUAUGCCUUCCAUACCAGAGCCAGCAAAGCCACCGAAGCUGAGCUCGUACAAAGCCGCCACAAAGCAGCCGCCUGCACCUACAGAAGUCUUCCCAGACACACCAAUGAGGGCAGUGGAGGAUUUCGGACUUGGUGAACGGCGAAGCGGAAGCAUCACAGACCAGACGGAGCAGUUGCUCCGGCAACAGGAGCAGGAACUGACCGCUUGCCUGGACAAGUUGCGAGGAGGACGUGACGCACAGCCCUUGCGGCUCUCAGACAACCAGUCCGACGCCGCGUACCCCGAAAGCUUGGCUUCAUCGCCCAACCUGGAGAUCUCUCAGAGCGCGCCUGCUCCCCAAACGGCAGAGGACCAAGGGAUGCCUGGCAUCGACGCGCGCGUGGACAAGCUAGAGCAGCUUUUGGCGUUCCGAGGAAGGUGUCAGGACAGCGACAGAGCAACGAAGCCACCUGUUCGAGUGCCCGAAGAUGUCCCACUCCGCUCACUCUGGAAGGAGGCGCAAGCACAAGCCGCAUGGCCGUGUGAAGAGCCGGGACACCCAGCUCCAGCCGCAACGGUCACAGGUGCCGUGGUUGAAGGACCGCGGCCUAUGGUGACGGUGGAUGACUCCCCGAAGCGGCGCAUGCUGGCCGAGGAAGUCGCGCAGACAGUCAAGGGGCGUAUCGAGGCCCUGUGCCGAGUGCCAAACCUUGUGGGCGAAGGCCACCGAAACCGACCGGAGAGAGCGGCAAAGACUUUGAAAACGGAGGAUCCCAGACCGGGCUUGGUGUCGCAGCCUUCCCAGGCAAGUGGCGUGAAGCAGAGUAUGAGGCAGCUGGAAGAGCGGCAAAGUCGCUUGGAUUCACUCUUGGAGGAAUUCCAAAGCAGCUCUCUGGAACUCGGCACCCCGCCCUCGAAGCGGCUGGACCGUUCCCACAGCAGUCCCGCAGAGGCCACCGCCGAGGACACCCCGAGCUCGUUGCUGAGGCGAGCUCGCAGCCGCCUCUCCGCUUUGCGGCAGGGUCUCUCCUGA